UGUGUGUGUGUGUGUGUGUGUGUGUGUGUGUUUGUCUGUUUAUUAAAUAAUCCAAUGCUUUCACAAAUGUGUUCAUUAACUUUAAAGCGCAAUAUUAUUUGACCAUUUGAAGACAGAGAUUCUUUACCUUUUUAUUCCAACGCCCAUUGCCAUUUCACUCCAAUAUGUGGAGGUCUCCCCAUCACAAUUUCUACACAAUAAAACAUUCUACUGGACACAAACACACCCAACCGUUAAAACUGGCAGCGCACACAUGGAGGAUCGUAACGUGUUGCGGCGGAUGGAGAGAGAGAGGAGGAAUCAGGAGGUGCAGCAGCAGGAGGAGACCCGUUACGACAGAAUCGCUCCUCUCUUCAGUGAGCCAUAUAAGAUGAACAAGAGUGACGAGCUGUCCUCUCGCAUUCAGAUGAUGCUGGGUAAUUUCGAGGAUGGAAGUGAUGUUGGACUGCGGGAACUUGGCUCUUUGUUUCCAUUCAGUGAUUCCACACAGCCGUCUCAUCUCCAGAACUCUUGGGGACGCACAGAUGGCUCCACAGCCGCUCGUGAAGCCUCUGUACAGCAGAGUGAGAACCUGCCGCUCCUGUCUCCACCCGCCGAGCCGCUGUCUCCCCUGCAGCCCAGCGACGUGGACGACCCGUCUCCUGAAGCCCGUCGGGCAGAUCCGUCACAGAUGGAGGCUCCUCCGCUGGCUCUGACCCUCCCAUUGAAUUUGCACCAUAAACCGGGUCUGUUGAACCCGAAGAAGCCCACGGCGUACGUGAGGCCGAUGGAUGGUCAGGACCAGAUGACCAGCGGUUCUCCUGAUUUAAAAACUUCACCCGAGACUUACGAGCACUUACUUGACCCGAAGAACAGCGGCAGUCCAAAGCGUCCUUUGGAGCGGCCGCCACAGUCUGUUGACAUUGGGCGUCAUGAAGCUCAGCGUGUGGACAACAUACUGAAGGAGAUGACUUCAUGGCCUGAGCUGUUGACAAACAUUCACACACCGAGCACAAGAGAGCCUCUGCUCUCCACUGAGAGGAUCUUGAAUUGUCGGACACCGUUCCAGAUCACCAGUGAGUAUCAGACUGAUCAGAUCAGAUGUCUGUGGGAUGGGUUUAAAGCUUUAGCUGCACGACAAACUGCUGUGACAUUGACAUGGUUUCAUUCAGCAGAUGGUUUAGUACAAAGUGACUCGUGUGUGCGUGCGUGUGUGCGUGCGUGUGUGUGUAGGGGGGGUUCCAGCAUCUCCAGCGAUUCUGACAGCAGUUCAUCAGACAGUGAAAUCAUCAGCGCUCAUGUGACAUCACGCACACCACACACACAGAACCCUGAGAGUCUGUGUCAUGACAUCAGGCCGGACUCCCACGAUUCCCCUGGAAGGACAGAGGCUGAAGAUCAGCAGAGUCGCUCUCGUAACCCAACCCAUGCCGACACAGAGGCCAAUCACGCACAGACUGUGAAGAGCACACGUGCACUUGACAGCACAUGCCUUGAGAACUCCCAGCACAAUAAAAACACAUCCACAUGCAGGGCGAAAGAAAACGGAAAGAAAACAGACGAAAGGAGAGCGAGAGAUCCGUCCGUCUGCAGCACCAAACACACAGACCAAGAAUUCACCUGGCGCCCUCUGCUGGUGAAGAUCGAGCUAAAGCUGCUCUCCAGAAUUCCACAGGAGCCCGGAACGGCCACCGAGAGACCCGACCCUCAAAAAAUCCCCCGACACAAGAGACCUGCCGAGAGGGAUGGAACAUCUCAAAUGAAAAAACGGAGAACGGACAAGGAGGAAAGACGGUCUUUUUCCUCUCAGAACACCACCAGCCAAUCAGAAGUCACCAAGAGCUGCAGUUCCAUGAAGAAGAGAAAACAACAGAAGCCCAUUCCUCCUGACAGCCAGCAGCAGAAAGCAGAGGCUCAUGGCAAGAAAACCUACAAGAGCCAUGAUGUGCCUGCGACAAAACCCCGGACGCUGCUGCGGCUGGACCACAGGCAACGUUCUGUUGAGGAUCAUAUGAGGGAAGCCAAGAAACUAAAGCACAAAGCAGAUGCAACGAUGGAUAAGAUGUCUAAAGCUCUCAGUUAUCUGGAAGCUGCUCUGUCGUUUGUGGAGAGUGGAGUCGCGAUGGAGUCAGACACGCAGAUGCCCAGAUCGGCAUACACCAUGUUCUCGGAGACCCUUGAGCUCAUCAGGUUUAUACUCAUACUGAAGAAUUACACAGACCCUACAGCUGCUGCUCAUGAGAGAGAUUUUUUAGUCCUGUGUUUGCGUUGUGAGUCGAUGCUGCAGAUGACCAUGUUCCGCUACAGACGUGAUUCAGCCCUCAAACACUCACGAACACUGGCUGAGCAUUUCAAAAACACAUCAUGUUCUGCUUCUCCUGUGAGCUCCAGCGGUACCGUGGUCAUUCCUCAGCCCAUCCAACAGGUGGCAGCGUCAUACGUGGAGGUCACAGCUCUGUUUCUGAACGCUCUGGAGAGGUGGGAGCAGGCGGAUGAAGUGGCUCUCGGAGGCAGCGGUUUGCUGCGAGAGCUGGAUCGUGUUGUUGCUCCUCUGAGUCUGACAUCUUCGAUGAGCUCAUUAGUGCAGUACGCACGUCACGGCCUUCACUGGAUCAGACUCGAACCCUGAACUCCUGAUGACGCUAGCACAUGCACGGAUGAAUUCUGAUUGGUUGAGUAGGACAAACAGUUCUUUGCUGCUGUGAAUCUUGCAUGUUCAGAGAUCUGUGUUUAGCUGAAGUGGGUUGUGAAGGUCAUGAGUUAUAGAAAAUAAUAAUGAUGCUGUUGUUUGUAGUCUGUAAGUGACCUCUGUUCAAGCUGUGAGUUUUAAACACUUUCGUUUUUUCGGAUCAUCAUGAGAAGGACAGAUGUUUGUCUAACUGUAUUUGUCUUUGUGGUUAUUUGUUGUUAUUUUAGAGCAAGCAUGCACACUUGAUUCGCCACUUUACUGUGAGUCUCUGUUGGAAAUCCAUGGAAUAUAAAAAAUAACUUAUUUAUUCUGUAUCUUCUGAUUGUAUCCUGGGAAAUUAUACUGUGGCUUGCUUUUCUAAGACUACAGUGACCGAGUGUUGCCCUCUGUAUUUCUUUAAACUGAAUACUGAGCAAAUUCUGUCAUUCUUUAUUUUUUAUUCAUUUGAAAAAAAAGAAAAAAAAAUCUUGCUUGAAGGACAGAAACCCAUCUGUGAGAAUAUUUUGUUGUUUUUGGCUAUUAGAUCUAAUUGGGAAGCUUUUUUGUGUCAUGGUGUUGUGUAGUUUGUGUGUCCGGUGAAGGGAGCAGGUGGUGUUUUAGCACCUCUUCCAUCAAAGCUUUGUUUAUUAAUGUUUUUCAUGAUGUUUUGUAAAAUUUAAACUGAGUGCAUAUUUAUUUUAAAUUCGAUUCAAUUCAAGAAGGAACUGUACAAACAAAUAAACAGUUAAAAUAC